UUUCCCCUUGCUCUUCCUUUCCAAUAUCUACCUGGUUAUUGCCCCAUAUAUCCCUCCCAGUGAGGGCCAGAGCGUCUACGUGCAACUCCCCUAUUAUCUUCACUGCGUGGGCGGUUCUGAUGCCGCGGUUCGGUGGCUAUAUUCUAGUAAAGGAGACGGUGGUUGAUGCCGAUGGCUGGUCCCGGAGUGUGUUUACGAAGCUGCCCCAUUGCAUCUGUGCUGGGGGCACCGUGAGUCUUGGGCAAACUACUUACAAUAAGAAUGCGCGUUUGUUGAGUUUAUGACUCUAUUUCGAGGUUACAGCGGAAAGCUUCGUUGACGAAUGCUGGGAAGCAUAUAUAGAUUAAAUAAUGUCUUGAUUAUCAUCUGUUGUGUCCCAGUCAUCUAUGGAAGCCCAUCCACGGUUGCUGCAUCUGGUGCAGGAGUCAUGGACCCCUCAAACUGGCUGGUGUACUUUUCUUGCAAGCACUGCCGUAAAAGCAGCUCGACAGUAUCUGCCGUGGAAAUUCAAAGCCCGAGAGCUUUCAUUGGCA